GUUUUUUAGUGCCCCGCCAGUAUCACUCUAAUCAGUCUUGAGAUAUCUUGCAAAAAGAACAGUUGAAUUUCACCGAGGACCGCCAAAAGUAACUAAAGUCAAACGAAAAUGUUCAAGCAACACCUGGAAAUGAUCGGAAGCUACGAGCCAAUCAGCAAGAAGGCUCGCUUCUUCAACAACUACCUGAAGUCCCUGAAGGGAUCCCAGGACAUCAUGGCCAAGGAGAAGAAGACCUAUAGCUCUUCCUACGAAAGCUCGAGCAUCUACUCUGACUCUCUGCACGCCGUCGACCGCAUCAACUCCCCCGGAUACCACUACAACACCGUCAGCAAGGAUACCUACGGUGUCACUCCCAGGAAGCUGUACACCCGCGACUUCGCUGUCCGUCGCUAAUAUGCAACCGGCGAGCAGGUGGCUUGGCCUUAGCCAGGAUAUAGGCUUAAGUGAAAUGAUUCAAAGCAAUAACAACUAGACAACAGCAUCAAGGAUUUCGACAUUCGAUGAUAAAAAAAACAUACAAAUGACUUUAUUUGGCGACCUCCCUCAUAAGAACAACAACAACAACAACAACUAAUAACAAACAACAUCGAUGAAAUCAACAACGAACGCAGAAGGCAAACUGCAAACAACAAUUGCUAGGACAUUCAAUAGCGGUUUUAUCUCUCUUUCAAUCAAUUAGACAUUCAAGACCAAAACAAACAAUCGACCAAUCGUGACAACGCACAAUGACUUACAAUCAAUCAAUCGAUCAACUGUUCUCGAACCAAGAACAAUAAGACUCAAUACAAAAGCAUACAGAAGCAAAUAUAAACAUCAAUUCAAUAUUGCCAUCUCAGAGGAAAAUUAGCACAUUACAUCGGAUUUUUGACAGCCGCAACCUCAACAGCCUACUGCGGUCGUCAGUUGCAGGGCUUAUUUUUCUCCGAGUUGCCAAUUUUGCAAUAGUAGACAUGUAAAUGUAAGAAGAGUAGACCGAACUACACUGAAAUUUGACGGAAAAAUUGUAAAUAGACGAAACACAGACAGUGGUAGCUCCUCUCCAAGAAAACACAAUCAACAUCAUUUUAUGGCGACAACAACAGCUGACAAUAACAUCCAGAAAACCAGAAUUCAUGGUAUAGAAGACAAAGAAAACUUUUAACUUUAGCUUUACGUAAUAGCAACUUUUUAAUUCGACAAAUCAGAAGAAGAAGAUGCGCAGGUAAAAAAAUUAGAAAAUUUACUAACCCAUUAUUUUUAAGAUAGCACACACAUACAUACAGACGAUAGCAGAAAGAAAAAAAGAGAAAAUGUGAACAGAGUUUAAUAAUUAUAGAAAGAAAAAAAAAACAAGCAA